AUGACCUCAGUUCUUGCCCGCCUUGGGCAAUUCGAUACAAGACGAGUGGUCACGACGUUAUGGAGUUCCGGGAAGAGGAAGAGGGGGGAUUGGGUUUGUGCCGAGUGCAGAGCCAGGAGGUGGGUGAAGGUACAGGGGAGGGGAUACAGCGAUGAUGCGCUGAGGCUCAAUGGCAUGGGAGGGAUGCUUGAAGAGGUAGAGGGGAGCGAGGAUACUGCAGAGCCACGAAGACAGCCAGGAGGAUGGGGAUUGGGCACGCGAGCACAUCGUAACGAGGCUGGAGACGAGCUACCGAGCGGCAGUCGAUCCAAACGGAAUGUUGAUAAGACGUUCUUCGACCGACGACGACCAGAUCUGGCACAGGAAGGUGGUACUUCAGCAGUAUCUGCGGAACAGCAACAUCAGCGAUUGUGGGAACAGUUCGAGGCUGCAGAGGAUCACGAAGAUUAUGGAGUUCUUGCUGGUGCUGAGACCGUGAAAGAUGAGAUCACAUCUGUACAAGAGAGCACGAUGCUCGAUAUCGACUACAAGGAGGAGCUGUCAAAAGCUCUACUGCAAGGCGAAGCAGACAUGGUGACGCGCUGCCUCUUUGCUGCGAGCCAGGCCCAAGAUCUGGACUGGAUACGGGACAUCCCUACGACCACGUUCUCCGAGAUCAUACAAGUCCUCGAGCCCAGCAACUUUGUUGCGAAGCUGGGUAGCGCUCAUAUUGAGCUCAGUGCUGCCAUGGUCAAGAUGAUGCGGAUAGCACCAAUGCGUCAGGUUGCAUACGAGUACAGUUCAGUACUUCGUCAAGCAGUGGGAAUACGCAGAUCUGGAGGCAUCAAACUGACAUUGCGCGAUUACAUCGUUCUCAUGCGGAGUGCUAGAGAUCUGGGCAAUCAGAAGAUGGGCUUUGUUAUGUGGAACGCGUUGCUGAGUGAUGGACACACACCCGACACACAGUGCUACAACUACUACAUGUCAGCUGUCGUCUGGAAUGGAGUCCACUCGGCCGGGUCACGACAGAGAGUCAGAGUCAUUCCUUUCCACAUGCUGGCCAGAAGGAAACCGCGCUCAGCAUCGAGAUAUGGGAACUACCGUGUUGGGCCCGGCGGCAUGCGCGAGAAGGCCAUGCGAAUCUUCAACGAGAUGCUUGCAAAUGGAGCUAUCGCCGACGAAGAGAGUUUUCGAAUUCUUAUGACAGCAGCCGCGCGAGAAGGCGACGUCAAUACAGUCAAAUCCGUGUUGAAAAAGGUGUGGGGGAUAGAUAUCGAUGGCAUUCUUGCGGGCACGAACGAGGAGACAAUGGCGCCAAAACAGCUGCCCGAGCACUCGCCUUUGAUGCCCACAACGAGCCUACUGUGGACGAUCGCACAUGCUUUCGGCAUAAACAACGACAUCCCAACGGCUCUGCGUACUGUCGACUUUGUUGCGCGCCAUUACAACCUCUCGAUCAGCCUCAAAGUGUGGAGCCAGCUUUUUGAGUGGACUUUUGUUCUCGCCAUCCCACGCUAUGGCACGGCUAAAAGAGACAGCAGCAAUGUCGGCCAGUUGCCAGCCCAAAGCGUUCUACGCCUUUGGCAGACCAUGACAGGCGAGCCGUAUCGUAUCGAGCCGACCAUGGGCAUGUACAACUAUCUCAUCAAGAACCUGUUCAAGCGGCAAUGCACACCGCUAAUCAUUGACCACAUGCAACAUGGAUACGAAAUAUUCAGACGGCACAGAAGGAGGGCAUACAUGUUGCGGCGCAGUCUCAAGGCACAGCUUGAGAAUCGAGCAAAUGGCUUUCCGCACGAUUCGGUAGAAACUCUGCGUGCAGAUUGGGAACAUGCAGACCUGAUCCGACAGAGAGAUGUGUUCUGGGUGAAGCGCUGGCUGCGAUUGCUGCUCGGCUCUACAGCUGACUGGAGUGGACGAGGCAAAGAUGCGGAUGGUUCGUUGUUUGCACGGAAGCUUCCCAAAUUACUCUGGCGUUGGCGAGCAUGGGCACCGACGAAAGUACGCUACAAGACUCCAACGGGACGCGUCGAGAUAGAGAUUCGAACGGAAGAGGAAAUGCUGGCAUCGGGCUUGAACAAGGAACGCUACGAGGAGAAGAAGAGUGCUCUGGUGGGAGAAGCGCCGAGAUACGUUGGUAAUGCCUGGGUGCGAGGGGAAACGCGGUGGACAUCUCGCCGCGUAGAGGAGGCUCGCUCGCGCUAUGCGCCGACGAUGGCACGCGAGCCAGUUCCCUGA